UGUUGUGUUACGUUUUUUUCGUUAUCUGUCAUAACUUGAAUAUUAGAAAUUUCAUAAAGCGAAAGUACUCAAUGGACAGCAAAUAUGAAGCACUGCCAACAGUGCCCUCUGCAGCUGUUUUCCACGACAAUGGAAGCCUAUUUAGGCAUAAAAACGCUGGGGCCGUUAGAAAGCAGAAAUUGUUGAAAUGGAUUGGCAUUCUCUUUAUUGUGCUGACAGUCUUUGGAUGCGCAUUUUAUCGGAUUGUUGCAGAAACCAAGCAUUCAGCUAAUUUACUACAACAGAAUGUCUUCCAUCUUUUGUCUACAAGAAAUUCUGCAAAAAUCUAUAUGUGGGAUGUCUCUGGUGCAAAUGUAACACUGCUCCUGCAGAAUCAAGUGACUUUCUCUGAAGAUGUUGGAAACCCAGUUUCAUGUGACAACAGUUCUUUUGAUCUGUGUCUGAAAUGGGAAAAAGAAGGCAGCAAGCUUCCAAAUGCAAAAUUAACUUUAAGGCAGUUCCAGAUAAGUGAGGGUGUUGAAUGCCAUAAAUUAAAUGUGUCUGCUGCUUGGAAUGCAGAUAUAACAUCUUGUGUGUCCAUAACAGGAGAGCAUCUGUAUGGUGGUCCAGUUUUGAAACAAUCUCAGUACUGGCCCAGUGAGAAAAAUGAAAUGCAGAAUGUGCCACGUGCCACUGGACAGGGCACAAUUAAUGGAGUUGCAGAAUCAUUCUGGAUAACAUCUGGAGGAAAAGUUUUUUAUGUUCCUCGUGAUGUUCCAUUGUUUAUCUCCCAAGACAGUCGCCAACUUUGUUUUCGAAGCAAACUUGCAUCACCCUACCUCCGAGAUACUGAAACCACUGUUAAUAUGAAACUUUAUUACUGCCAGAGCAAUGAUGCACAGAAGCUGCACAGGGCAACAGUUAAACGUUUCUUGGGGCUUCCAUCAGGCAUUCCAGACAAAGAAAUGAUACAAAACCCAGUGUGGUCUACUUGGGCCAGAUACAAGAGAGAAAUAAAUGCCACAGUUGUAACAGACUUUGCUGCUCAGAUAGCAGAGUAUGGGUUCAACAGGAGCCAUUUAGAAGUUGAUGAUCGGUGGGAAAGUUGCUAUGGUGAUUUUAAAUUUAAUGAAGGAUUCCCAGAUCCUGGACAGUUUAUUCAAGACCUCAACAAUAAAGGUUUUAGAGUUACCUUAUGGGCUCAUCCAUUUGUCAGUACUGUAUGUUCAGCAUAUUCUGAAGCAAAGUCAAGGAACUAUCUUGUGAAAAAUCUGGAUCAAAGUUGGGACAGAACUGUAUGGUGGAAUGGAAUUGCUGGUCUUGUAGAUUUCACAAAUCGUAAUGCAACAUCUUGGUGGAAUGGGAAACUAACAGCUUUAAGAGACAACUAUGGAAUUGAUGGUUUCAAAUUUGAUGCUGGUGAAACUUCUUACAUGCCUGGAUCUCCAGAAGUUGGACACCUUCAGUCUCCUAUAAGACUGCAGCCAAAUAUUUUCACUUCACAGUAUGUGGAAAAUGCAGCGUCACUUAGUAGAAAUGAAUUGAUGACUGAAUUCAGAGUAAUGUACAUGAAUCAAGGCCUGCCAGUGUUCUUGCGAAUGUCAGAUAAAGAAUCUACCUGGGGUUAUGAAAAUGGCUUGAAGUCUUUAAUACCAACCUUAUUAUCACUCAAUAUUGUUGGGUAUUCAUUUGUUCUGCCUGAUAUGAUUGGAGGAAAUGGAUAUAGUACUAAACCAAGCAAAGAACUUUUCAUACGCUGGUUGCAGGCGUCUACCUUCAUGCCUUCUCUUCAGUUUUCGUACACUCCUUGGGAUUACGAUGACGAAACAGUAGAAAUUGCCAAGAAGUUUACUAGCCUUCAUGCAGAGUAUGGAAAUAUGAUCAUUGAUUUAGCAGAACAGAAGGUUACGAAUGGAACACCUAUUAAUUUGCCAAUCUGGUGGCUUAAUCCUGCUGACACAACUGCACUUGGAAUAGACUCAGAAUAUCUAUUGGGUGAGAAUUUGCUUGUGGCACCAAUACUAGAAGAAGGAGCAACAAGCAGAGACAUAUAUUUACCUGUUGGAACGUGGGAACAGAAAGUGAGAAGUGAUGCAACAACUGUUAUUACUGGCCCUGCAUGGAUCAAAGGUUAUAGAGUUGAACUUGAUGAGUUAGCGUAUUUUGUACGCGUGUCAUGAAUAAGUUCAUACAGUUGUAAAAAUAUUUAAAUUCGUAUGCAAUGUAUUAAUCGUUCAUGUAUUUGGAGAGUUAUGAGCCAUAGUAGCGCAAACAGCCACAUGAAAUGUGUAACACUUAUUGUCAGGCAUUCAUGAAGUUGUAUGUUCUGAAGAUAAGUAAGAAGAGAUGAAGAUCUUUUCUGUAAAGUGAAUUCUCUGGUUCAGUUAUAUGAACCUAUGAUGUCGUUUAGCCUGUCUGUAGCCCAGAAUUUUGGUCACGUUGUCUCUCUUUAACGUAACUUUUUAGUUUCAUAUUUUUAAUUUUCGGAGUAUAAUUUUAUAAAUUGCUGAUUCUCAUCAAAAGUUGAAGUGUUUGUCAUGCAUUGUGUUAAAUAUUUCAUGGUGUUACACUUUCAGUGCUCUCUUAUAUGCUUUUAUUUUGUGAGUUGAAACUUGUGUGCAUAUUUAUACACUGUGGAAUGCAAAGGCUGUGAAACUUGGUGUUAUACUGUAUACAUAGUUAUUGUGUUACUAAGUUUGUAUACUGAUAUUAAUGUCUGAAUUAUUAAACCUGCGUUUCAAGUUUG